AUGUCUUGUGAAGCUUGUCGCACUAUACCCCCUGUAAUUUCGGGGGAGUAUACUCCAAAAGGCAGAUACGAAGUUCUCGCUGGCCUCAAAACCUAUAUUACCGGAGAUUCGAACUCUAAUAUAGGCUUGGUGGACGUCUAUGAUAUCUUUGGGCUGGCUAGUCAAACCCUUCAAGGCGCGGAUCUUUUAGCCCAACGAUUAAAUGCCAUAGUGCUAGUUCCGGAUUUCUUUGACGGAGAUGCCUUACCUCAUGAAGUUGUCCCGCCUGAUACUGAGGAGAAGCGUGAGGUGAUGACUCGCUUUUUGGCAACAAAGGCCAAUGUUCCUCAAAAUGUCGACAUCUUGAUUCACGCUAUUGAUCAGUAUAAAGCUUCUUUUUCGAAUGUUGGGAAGUGGGGUGCAUUUGGCCUAUGCUGGGGUGGAAAGGUCACUGCCCUCGCUUCUAGUGCCAACAGCCCCUUCGCUGCAUCAGGCCAAGUUCAUCCCGGUGCAAUGGACAUAGCUGAUGCCCAGAGCUUAACUAUUCCCCAUAUUGUUUUAGCCUCUAAGGAUGAGCCAGCGGAGGUGGUUGGCGGGUACGCAGAGGUGAUCACGAAGGGAAGAGGAGGUCAUGUUGAGACCUAUCCAAGCAUGUGGCAUGGAUGGAUGGGUGCCCGGGCUAAUCUAGAGCAAGUAAAAAGCCGAGCGGAGUACACGCGCGGGUACAACCAGUUGGCCGACUUCUUUGAAAGGAACCUAGCCUAG